AUGGGCAGUUUGUUUUGCAGACUCGGUGGUGUCCAGACUUUUCUUUUUUCUCACUCUAUAAACAGCUGGAUGGCUGCUACUAACACGCCACGCCACUGCUGCCAAAAUCUAAUAAUAUGUUGGGUGGGGAUUAUACCCGAUGAUAACAAGUACCUUUUGUCUCCCUCUCUCUCUCUCUCUCUCUCUUUUUUGGCUCUUUUUUUUCCUGAUUUCUUACUCUCUUAUUUUUUGCUUUGCUUUCUUCUGUUUUUUUUUUUUAUCUUGUUCUGUGUCUUUUUUUGCCUUGCUCUUUUCUCGCAUUUGUCUUCCUCUUUGUUUUUAUCUCUUUUUGUCGUUCUCUUUUUAUUCGUUUUAUUUUUUUUUGUCUCUUUUUUUCUCUUGAUCUCUUCUCACUUUUUAUCUUCUAUCUCUUUUUUGUCUUACUCUUCUCUCUUUUUUGUCUUUUCGUUUUUCUCUUUCUUUUUUUUUUCUCUUUCUUUUUUUAUUCUGUUCUCUUUUUUUUUUCGUCUUGUUCUCUUCUCACUUUUGCUUCUUUUUUUUCUCCUACACUCUUUUCUGGAUCUCCUUUUCUUUCUUUCUUCUCUCUUUUCUCUUUUUUUUCCUGUCCCCCCCUCUCUCUCUUGCUUUGCUCUUUUGUCUCUCUUUUAA